AUGAUGAUGUUAUUGAAGGUGGUGGUGGAGGAGGAGGUGUUGGAGGUUCCAGACCUGACGGCGGAGGUGGAGAAGACAGUGUCCCAGCAGGCCAUCCAGCUGCUGGGGAAGGAGAUGAGAGGGAAGGGCAUCCCUGUGCCUUCACCACGCCAGCCUUGUCCCCGCCCUGAGACAGCCCUAUCCCACACACUACACAUGGAACGCCCUCUCACUCCAAACCUAGCACUACUCCAGGAACCAUCGUUACUCUUGGAGACCCCUCUCAGCCCAGCCCUGGCCCACGACCCAGUUCUGUCCAGUGACCAGGAGCUGGACCCUCUGUGGCAGCGGCAGAACAGAGUGGCAGCCUCCCUCCUGAACCCUCUGCAUCCGGGGAAACGCUUGCUGAGCUACAGUGACUCAGCCCUGUAUAAGCUAGACCCCAGACGAGACCCAGACCAGGAGCAGAACCAGGUCUGGAGCAUCCCUUGCUGCAAUCCUCUGACCCAGCACCAACUAGCCACAGCCUGGGAGCCCCCCAUAUCCCCUAGCCUCCCUCCACAGCACCACCCCUUCUCCAUGGGAGAGCAGACAAGGGAGGAGAGGCGAGGAGGACAGGACAGGAGUUCUAAGGAGAGGUAUCACCAGACCCAGAAGAACAUGUCUCCUCUCUUCCAGAGACGGAAGCAGCUCUGUGAGGGCCAGCGAAGUCUGUCCUUUGGGUUUGGGGGUAGUCUGUCCAAGCCCUCAGGAGAAGAGCUGUCAGAGGGGAGGCCGUGGAGAGGAGAUAUGCCUGUGAUGAGCCUUACAGGAGGAGAGGAGUCUGUGUGUGGGGUAGACAGGGCUGGAGACAGAGAGGACAGAGAGGACAGGGAGAGGCUGACGGAGGUCCCUGUCGUCACCCUGUAUGCUGAGCUGCCCAUGGAAGCCAGACGUCUGCUGGUGGCCAGAGCUCUGGCUUUGGGCCUGAAUGAUGAAGAUCUCCGCUACAAGGUCUCAGUGUGGCAGGUAAGACAUGACAGUUAAGACAUGACGACAGGUAAGACAUGACAGUUAAAACAUGACGACAGGUAAGACAUGACAGUUUGACUGACGUGGCAGGUAAGACAUGACAGGUAAGACAUGACACUUUGGCUGACGUGGCAGGUAAGACAUGACACUUUGGCUGACGUGGCAGGUAAGACAUGACACUUUGGCUGACGUGGCAGGUAAGACAUGACAGUUUAACUGACGUGGCAGGUAAGACAUGACAGUUUGACUGACGUGGCAGGUAAGACAUGACAGUUUUGACUGACG